CUCUCGGGGGGACUCAUUUAUAUGUAACACCAACACGGCACCGAAGUAAAUAUACGAGGCUGUUGGUUCAGCCGAGAACAAAUGAACGGCAGUUCACGUUAAAAGUAUACUGUUUCGUGAAGGUCCUUUAAUGCAAAAUUGUCAGGGAAAAAAUGGGGGAUAAGCGACAACGAGCAAGAGUACAAGGCUCCUGGGCCAAAUCUGCGCAGCUGCCGAAAGGCGGUGCUCGAGGAAGGGGGGAAGAUUCAGUCCCGUGUCAGCCACGCGCUGCAUGCUGGGGCACCGGACCGCAAGCGUUUGAGUUCCAUCAGCCGGCUAAGCCCUUGAGAGAAGUCCCAGUGGAGAAGGUGAUAGAACAUGCAGGUGAAUAUCAAAUCAGCCAGGGGCCCACUGGUGUUUCAAGGCUGAGACUGGUUCCUGGGUUCCUGUCCCAGGAGGAGGCUGACUGGAUGUUCAGCAAACUCCUCGCUGAACUACCUUGGUCACAGAAGACCAACUUCAAGCAGGGCUCAGGUCGGGCCUAUGAGGAGCCUCGGUUGACGUGCUGGUUCGGCGAGCUGCCAUAUACCUACUCGAACUCCACGCUACAGCCCAGCUCACAGUGGCACCCGGUGUUGAUCCAGCUUCGGGAAGCUGUAGAACAGGCUUCAGGACGCUCCUUCAACUCUCUGCUCUGCAACCUGUACCGGGACGGGAAGGACAGCAUCGCCUGGCACAGCGACAGCGAGGCCUCGCUCGGCCCGGAGCCCGUCAUCGCUUCCCUCAGCCUGGGGGACACCCGCUGCUUCAGUCUGCGGAAGCAGCCCGGCCCGGAGGAAGAUGGGGAUUACACGUAUGUGGAGAGGGUCCGGAUCCCGCUGGCACACGGGACUCUGCUCCUCAUGGAAGGUGCCACGCAGGAGGAUUGGCAGCAUCAGGUGGCCAAAGAGUACCACGACCGGGGUCCCCGGAUAAACCUGACCUUUCGCACCAUCUACCCAGAACCGGCUCGGGCCAAACAAACCCAGAGCCACGGGCGCUGGGGAGAGCGACGGUGACCAGUGGAUGGAUGGGCAGGAAGAUGGGAUGGCAGUCUGGAGGAAGAGGAUUAUUGUCUUUGUGGGGUCGGGGGUGGCUGUGGGAAUGUUGGACAUGAAUCGUGGAGCACAAGCCCCUGCUCAGCCUGGCACACGUAAGAAGCUUUUGGCUCCUUUCGAAGCUUCUGCUUUUUGAAUUUUCUGUGCAUUUUUAAAAAAAUCUGACCUAAUUUUGUGAGGCGGACCGACCUUCUUUGUGCUGGAUUUUACUGCUCUACCAGGUGGCAUGCAGUGCCUGUCCUUCAGAUGUACAUUCUGGUGCUCUCUGUUUUUGGCCAAACUUUAAAUGGUGUAAUGGGUGAAAAUGUAAAUGAUUUUUCCAGAGAGUACCAGAGGUACGUGCCUUUAAGACUCCAUAGCAAGAGCUUGUGGUCUGUAACAUUUUUAUGAAACACAUUUAGUUUCGGUACAAUUUUAAGUUUAUUGCAUUAAUACAGAUUUGAAAAUAAAUGUACUGUUGAAUUUAAUAUCAAA